CAGCCAAAACAAUGAGCCCAGCCAAAAGCACACCAGCAAAAGACAAGGGGUGGAAACAACAACCACAGAAGGAGAAAGAAGAGGGAGAGCACCGCGGAGCGCACAGGCAGACCGGCGAUUAUCAGGGGAGAUUGGUAUGGAGAAAAGAAGCAAUGCAAGGUGAAAGACGGGCUGCUGGCAGCACCGCAAUCAACCAUCUGUCUUAAACCAUUUAGAAGUUACCAGAGUUGGACUUCUUCUUCUUACCGAAGAUGGCCUUGUACAAACCAGUAAGGACCAAACCGGCAACGACAACCCCAAC